UUUCGGAGCCAAGCGGUGACAUCAUCUACACCAAGAUUUCUAUCUUCCUCAAUCGCUUUUGUCCGAUGUUUAUGAAGAUGUCCUCCGUCACAUUUCCUCUGAUCUGUUACCUUUUUUUCUUUCUCGAGUUCGUAAGCUCUCUCGAUUGCUCCAGCAACUCGCACGAAGCGGAUUACGAACCUUUCCCGCGAAAUGUCACCCCGACAGAAUUUCACACUCGCAUGGAGAUUACCUUGAGUCACCGAAAUGCCACGUACUUUGUAGACGAGCGAUACGAUGCAGAAAAGGAGAGAGGGGCAUUUACAUUGUUGGCGCAGGAGUACGAUUGGGAAACGUAUUAUGACAAAAGCAAGGAUGAAAUCGCGAAUUUAUAUCUACCCGUCUUAGAAGACGAGGAAGAGAAACUGAAUUUAUACCUAAAUGCGUGCAAGAGUUUCACAUGGACACAGGAGAGAUAUGAUCGAUACAGAUGCCGUUUUGCCCAAAGCGAAAGUUCCUUGAAGUUGAUUGCAGACGCUUGUAGCGCAACUGUCGUAUUAGACCUCGUGUACAAAAAUAAAACACAAAAUGCCAGAUACCUCGGACAAAAAGCCGUGCGGAAUAUUGCUGUGAAAGGGUGGAGAAUUUGCAAAAAUGAGACUGCUUUGGACUAUUGGUUCUCUGUUAAAGGCUGGUCACACACAUCUGGUAACGCCUCCGUCCCAGUCCUCAUCGAGGCCCGGCCACAGAGCGCCGUGGACCUUACGGGAGGAAUAAUUCAUUCCUACAGUUUUAUUGACUUUUUCGUUAACGAACCUGAGUUUCAAGUUCAAAAAGAAAUCUGGUGCCGAGGAGCUAUCCGUCCACCUCCUUUACCUAAACUUCCAAGGAGAUUUGACGUCAAUUUGGAGCGAGUGACUGCAGAAUCCACUCGAGUUUGGAGUGCCCAGGAAUAUUACGACCUCGACAAACACCUCUAUAGAAAAGACUCGGAUGGUGACCCGAAUCAAACGACGAAAACUGGAGCAGGAAUAGAUAUCCGGGAUAGAACGACGAUGAAAAGUACCUUUUACAACAAAGAGACAGGUAAAUGCAACGAGCAAAAAUUAGCUUCUACAGCACCGACGUUAAAGUUUGAAGAGGACAACGCUGUAUUCGACUCACCAUUUGGUACAAUAGCGCUCUUUGAAGAUCCAGAUGCAAGGCCUGUUUAUCAAGGAAGGGGUGUGGCGCGUGGCAUCAAGUGUGACGUAUGGCGACAGCUGCGAAUUAACUGGCCCGAAAAUGCUCAAGCAAAUACAAUAUGGAGAUGGUUCUUUACUGAGAAGGAAGGUGAAGAGUCACAGCUGGUGCCUGUCAGACUAGAGAUAGAAGGAGAAGCAGCGAUCAACUCCACCGACAGCGUUGAAAUAGAGUUUAACCUCAACUUCAACUCGUUCGAAAGCCGUUACCCGACUGAAAACGCGUUCGACUCAUCAUCAAUUUGCCCUCAGGAGCCAACAACGCAGAAGCAAAAAGGACUCUCCUCAGGGGGGGUGGCUGGGGUAGCGAUUGGGUGCAUUCUUUUAGGUCUGUGCUUUGGUUGCUUAGUAGUUUAUUUUUGGUUUAAGAGAAGAGCACUGGCCAGAAUGGGACCUCCACCCAUGAAAUUUCCUUGAGAAAAUUUACAUCGAAACCCGUUUUCAAUGGUCUUUGUUAAACUUGGACCGUGAGCCAUAAAAACAAACAUAACAAUAGAAAAAUAGAAAAUAAACUCGUCAAGAUAUUUA